AUGAAAGUCAUUCAAAAUUAUAUAAAAGUGUUGUUUUGCUUUAAUCUUGUUACUUAUUUAAAAAUAUUUUAAAGUAAAAAGUAUCACGAAAAAAACAAUAAUAAUUCUUUUCCGGUACAAUACACAAUAGUAGUUCCACAUAUCGUAAUAGUUCAUUUCACUGGUGAAAUUUUUCUAACUAGUUUUUACAAAAAAUAAUUAAUAAUUGAUGUUAUACCACUACUAAAAUGGCUAGUUUUAAAACAGCAUUUUUUUCUCUUAAACUACCAAGUCUGUUUUAUAAUAAUACGUUUUUUAAGAUUUUUAAUCAUAAAUUUUCAAGUAAGGAUUUAAAACAGCACCAGGAAAAAGUAAUGAGUAAAGGUCUUCCUGUGAAAAAGCCAAUUGAAGGCGUCAAACACACAAUUUUAAUUUCAUCUGGAAAAGGGGGUGUUGGCAAAAGCACCACAUCAGUGAAUCUUGCAACAGCACUAAAAUUUAUGUAUCCUGAUAAAAAAAUUGGAUUGUUGGAUUGUGAUGUGUUUGGUCCUUCCGUUCCUUUAAUGAUGAAUCUCCACGAAACGCCUUUAGUAAAUGACAAAAAUCAAAUGUUGCCCCUCACGAAUUAUGGCGUAAAAUGUAUGUCAAUGGGUUUUCUAAUAGCUGAAGGUUCACCAGUGAUUUGGCGAGGUCUUAUGGUCAUGCAAGCAUUGGAAAAACUAUUAAGACAUGUGGAAUGGGGGCGUAUUGAUUAUUUAAUUGUGGACACGCCUCCAGGGACCGGCGAUACUCACCUCUCAUUGGUUCAAAAUAUCCCAAUAUCAGGUGUGGUUCUUAUUACAACGCCACAACCGGCGGCACUUGAAGUCACAAAACGCGGAGCUGCGAUGUAUAAAAAAUUAUCAGUACCUAUUAUUGGUUUGGUUGAAAAUAUGGCUUCAGUGACUUGUCCUUCUUGUUACAAUAAAGUUGAAAUUUUCGGAGACGGAACCUCACAUUUAGCCAAUGAAAUUGGUACAAAUAUUAUUCAGAGCUUCCCAUUGGAUCACAAAAUUUCGUCUAGCACUGAUAAAGGCACACCCGUUGUGAUAAAACACCCAGAUAGUUGCCAAACCAAGGCUUUUGUGAAUUUGGCAAACAAAGUUGUAGAUUUUUUAGAAAAAAACAAUGAAUAAUGAAAAAUAUGU